AUACGCAAUUACAAGAAGAAUAAUGCGUCAUACACGUUUUCUUGUUUAUAAUUUACUUGAUUCAAAGUAUACUUAAUAACAGUUUAUAAUACUUAUUAACUUCUAUCGUAUAAACUACAAAGUAGAUACAAUUUACGUACUUUCUAUUUUCAGUUAUUUUUUUAUUAGAAAACUUUGUCAAUAAUCUGAAUUUAUUCUGGAAAAAUUAACAUUACUAGGUAAUUUAAAACAUAAAUGUCAUCAAUAUGGCUUCGACUACAAUAGAAUUUGCUGUACAAAUGACUUGUAAAAACUGUAUAGACACAAUAAAAUCUCAUUUUUCUGAUGUCCAAGGUGUCAAAGAUAUACAGUUCUAUUUAGAGCAACAGACGGUAGUUAUACAAAGUACACUACCAACAUUGAAAUUAUUACAAAUUCUUGAAUCCACUGGUAAGAAAGUAGCUAUCAAAGGAUACGCUGGUGGACAAGCUGCGGUUUCAAUAUUGGAAGCUGGGAAUGAAAGUAUUCAAGGGGUUGUUAGAUUUAUACAACCAACUUCAGAUAUAUGCAUAGUUGAUGGUACAGUUGAUGGCUUGAAAAUGGGUACCUAUAGAAGUUAUAUUUAUGAGUGUGGAGAUAUUUCUGCAGGUUGUGAAAACGUUGGUAACAUUUUCAAUCCAACAAAUAGUCCAGAGGGACAUUCUUAUGGAUAUUUGGACAAAAUAAUCAGCGAUGACAACAAAAGAGCAACAUUUCGUUUUGAAAAUAAUGUUAUUAAAGUAUCAGAUUUAAUUGGCAGAUCCUUUGUAAUUACCGAAGAAUCAGAUAAUACUAAAAAAAUUGUUUGUGGUGUUAUCGCGCGCUCGGCUGGUCUUUUCCAAAACCCCAAAUUAAUCUGCGCAUGUGAUGGGACAACAGUAUGGGAUGAGGCAUCGAAAAAAUCUGCAUUGUAGAAUAUUAGCAUUCAUUUAUUUUUUAUUUAAGAUAUAGAGUCAUUCCAAAUCAGAUUUUCUUUAAAUUUGUUUCAGACCUUAAAAGCCCAUAGUUUUUAACAUUUUAAGCAUUUAACGUGCAAGAAAUUGCAUGCAAUUCCUUGCAAGUCCCUUACUAUUGCAUCAUGGUUGCCACUAAUCAAAAUUUCAAAAGUAAAAGUAAGCAAUUUCCUAACCUCAAACACUGGCAAUAAUUAUAUCUGUCUCUGCCUUACUUUUGGAGUCUGAUGGACAUUUUAGCUAGAGAGUUAGUCGAUAAAACAUAAAAACAUUGCACGUUGUCUUGCAUCAUGUCAAGCGACCUUUAGAUGUCAUUUUAUUGCAUGCAAAUUGCAAUUCUAGCGGAAAAUUUAGUUACUUUUGAAUAAACAGAUCGUAAAACUUAGCAUUAUUCAAAUUGUUAAGUUAGGCACAAAAUAUUAAGCCUCUUGUAAAAUAUAUGAUACCUUUUGAAACCCUAUCUAACUGUGCAGAUGGCAGUUUUCGAUUUAGUUUCGAUUUUGUCUUGAUAUGGAAACAUUUAAAUUGUAAUUAUACUUAAUUAAUUAAUUAUAUUGCAACUACUCUCAGUACACGAGCCUAGUCCAAACCCACCGCUUUCAAAAUACAUCCCUCAAAGAACGAUCCAUUCCAUAAGACUUUUCAUCAUAUCAUGAGGUUAUCAAUUUUAUUUGCUCCUUCCUCACUCUUCAUCAUACCUCUGUGAGAUUAGUGGAUUAUCCAAUAUAGGUUUUUCUUUUUGUAACUUCAAAGUUAAUAAAAUAACUUAUAGAAUUGUUAAUAUUGUUAUUAAAUAAACAUAAAAAAACCUAAAUGAAUUUUUGAGUCAAGUAAUAAUGCCAUGACUAAAAAGGUUAAGUUUUUAUAACCGUUUCGAGUAGUAUUGGUACUAGUCGAUUUGAAAAUAUUCAAAUAUACAUAAUAUCUGGAUAUUUAAAAAACAUAGCCAGAUUAUAAAAGAUAAUAAAUAUAUUAUUUCAAUAAUACAAACAUUUUAGUAAUUAUUACUAGUUUUAAUCUAAAGCUAUUGGAUUUUUACACCAUACCAGAAAUAGAUCAAAAUAGAUAGUUCCAAGAUCUCCCUUAUGGAAAAUCCAAUAUCUAAAAUAAAAAAAAAUAUAUUUUUAUUUCACAUUUUACACGAAUUACUGCUAAUGAACCAAGAGAAAGCGCUGAAACGAGAACUCAAGUUGGUUAUCUAAAGAUGGUGAUUGAUCUGGGGUUUGGAUAUAUUUGAAUCGAACUAAUACUAUUCUGACGUCACAACUGAAAACCAAUGAGAAUAGUUUUCUUAUGAAGUUCAAAAUUUGAAAUUUUUGUGAUUUUAAAUUAAAUAUUUAGAAAUUAUUUCACUUUAAAUUAAAUAUUUUACUUUCUGAAAUUAUUAAAUAUCAAGAACUUUCGAAAAAAUGCAAAUACCCAUUCAGUUCAUAUUAGCUGUAGUGUGAUUAGACCUAGGUCGAGGGUGGCAGCCUGUGAAACAAAGACAAACUGUCAACAGUGGCAUGAGAGACAGAGAUUAGGAAUGACCAUCAGUAAACUUAUAAUUCAAUUGUACAUAGUGUAAAAAGAACAAAACUGAAACAUUUGAAUCAUUAAUUACAUAACCAAAAAAUGUAACAUUAACCAAAUUAUAUUUUUUAAAAUAAUCACUUACAAGCUGGGGUAGAAUUGUUUCCAUGUGUUCUAUAGUAACUUUUGAUCGAAAUUCCAUUUUUGCCUGUUUAAUAGCUCUAAUUAAGGCUUCUGUUACUAAAACUUUAGCUAUUUCUGAAACUAGUUCAAUUGAUUCGUUUGUUAUUUUAUUUUUUGAAUUUGAAAACUUAGUUUUGAUAGCUUCUUUUAUAAUAGCCUAUGAAUAGAUGGAAAAAAAUUAAUAUUUUAUCAGAACAAUUCAAUUCUCGCCGCCACUAUUAAAAAGCAGACUAUCAUAACUUGUAUUAUUGAUUGUAUACAAGUAGUUCUCUCGGACAUGUUUUAUUAUUAACUUUUAGGUUUUGAUUGUGCGAUCUGUGGAACCUUGUCGUUUUUUCAGAUAUUCAUGAUAAGAUGAACAAACUUCAUAUUUUUUCCACACCUACACAAUUCAACAAUUUUUUUAUUAUUUUCCAAAAGAACUCGAUUUUCCCCCGAAUUGUUCUCUUCCUUAAUAUAUAAUAAUUAUUUCAGACUAACACAUGGAAAAUAAUUUUGAAACAUAUAGAAAUGACAAGGAUAUCCACAAAUGAAAAUACCACAAUACUCCACAGAGUUACUUUGCAUAGUUUUGGCGAGAAAAUCACGUUGAUUCUGACUCACUCAAAACACUUGUCAUCAAAAUGUGAACCUUCUUAAGAAAUAAUUUCUUAUAUUUAUAAAUUCAAAAAAUUGUUGACCAAGUAUAAUGAAUUUUAAAAGAAUAAAGUGAACAAAAA